AUGUGGCGCGGGGCCCUCGCUAGAGGGGCGCCCGGACCCGAUGCAGUUGUGGGGUAUCGCUUCGGCCUUUUGGCUAAGACAGCGGUCGACUCAUGGUCUAAGCAGCUGCCUUUUCCUUUGGAGUUCCUUUUAAACAUCAGGCCCAGCCCCCCCAGGAGCUUUCUUUUAGGUGUGGAGAGAGCGGUGUUUUAUUUCAUGUGGGGGUCCAAGUGGGAAAGACUAAGGAGGGAGGUCCUGAAGAAAAGACCUGAGAACGGAGGAAAGGGCCUCCCAGACCCCCACCUGUUUUUAGGAGCCCAUUUCACCGCCCUCCACAUCAGAUACGCGACGGCCCCAUCCGGAGACAGCAAGACAGCAGCCCUGGCCCGGUUCUGGAUGGGGUCGUACCUGAGAAAACUGAAAAUUUUAAAUACUGAUCUUAAACGUCCAGUUGCUUUUAACCUGCCCCCUCAAUAUGUUUUUAUCAAAAAGUUUUUAAUGAGAUUUGACUUAGAGGGGCAGGAUGUCACCAUUUUAACCACUGCAAAAUCUCUUGUCUCCCUUGUGCAGGACCGGGAAGCAGUGAGCCCCGUUCCCGGCCUCACACUCAGUGAGGCCCAACAGGCUUGGAGGAACGCUGCCCACCCCGCCCUCCAGAACAAGCUGAAGGAUCUGGCGUGGAUGGCGCUCCAUGAGGUCCUCCCGGUCAGAGCCGUGAUGCACUCCCGGGGCAUGGCCAGAACCAACACCUGCCCGCGGCCAGGAUCGCGGCCAACCUGA